UAACAUUUCAUUGCUCCCGUGGAACAGCCGAUGGCGGAAGAGUUUCAGGGCGAGGCCCAGCCGCCACCUCCACCAGAGGAGGAGUACCGGAACUCCGACCGUCGAGAGGAGCGCAGUCGCGGCAAACGCAGCCGGGACCGCCGCAGCCGCGACCGGCGGAGCAGAGACCGGCGUCGGAGCCGGGAUAAACGUAGCCGCGAUCGAGACCGGCGACGCAGUCGGUCACGGUCUCGACGCAGAGGGGGCGGCUCUUUGCAGGAUGAGCUUCGGGCAGAUCGGGGUGAGGAGCCGCAAGAGCGGAUGGAGGAACCUCCCCCGCCCUCGGAGGCACCACCACCACCGCCACCUGACGAACCCAAGCGAAAGAAGUCUCGCUGGGGUGAGGAAGAUCCUUUGGCUGCAGCAGGAAUCCCUGACUGGCUCCGGGACCAGUUCUCUGUCCCCAAGCUGCCGCCAGAGCCUGUAGUCCGAGCCGGCCAGCGCAAGGUGAAGGUGCCUCAGCACUGUGUCGGCAGGAUUCUGGGGAAGAUGGGAGCCACGAUCAAUGAGAUCCAAGAGGCUUCAAACACAGACAUCAAGAUGAAUCAGGACACCAAGGAAGCAGGCUACAGUUACGCCAUUGUCACCAGCAUUAAAAAUGUCGUGGGCGACCUUGACACAGCUGAGCGUCUCAUCAAUGAGAAGAUCGCAGGCGGCGGCGGUGGUGGCAACAAAGGUGGCGGUGGAGGUAUGGCCCAGCCGCUGCCAACGCCUGCUGGCAGUGAAACCAGGGAGAUGAGGGUGGAGAAGGCCCAUGUUGGCAGCUUGAUCGGCAAGGGCGGCGAAGUCAUCAGGAUGAUGACUUCCGAAGCUGGGUGUCAGAUUCAAAUCGACCAGAGCCAAUCCGGAGAGGGCGCCACGAUCAUCCUUGGUCCUGGCUCAGCUGAACAAGUGCAGAAAGCGGAGGAUCUCAUAAAUGCGAAAAUUGUCGAGAAGUUUGGGAACAAGGGCGGUGGCCCAAGGCCACCCAUGGGAAUGGGACGACCACCAAACAGCUUGCCACCACUUGGAGGCAUGUGUCCGCCGCCCCCGAGCUGUGGCGGUGGCUUGGCGGGAGUCCCUCGACCACCCCUGCCGUUGAACUUAAGCCCUGGUUUGGCUGGAGGCAAAGGCUGCGGCCCUGGCCCUGGCUGCGGGGGUUGCGGUUGUGGCCCACCUAGCUGUGGAGGGUGUGGAGCUUGCGGCUGUGGCUGUGGCGGUUGUGGUUGCGGAGGCGGCUGUGGCUGCGGCUGCGGCUGCGGCGGCUGCGGCAUGGGGGGUCCAGGCUGCAGCAGUGGCAUGGGAUGCAGCGGCAUGGGUUGUGGAGGCUGUGGGCCUGGAGGUCCUGGCUGUGGACCCGGUCCAGGCUGUGGGGGUUGUCCUGGAUGCGGCUGUGGUUGUCAAGGGAUGGGCGGCUGUGGAGGUUGUGGAUGUGGAUGCGGCUGCGGUUGUGGCAACUGGGGAGGAAAAGGUGGUGGCAAGCAAUGGGGACAGCCUGGAUGGUGAGUCGCAUGAGUUUUGGGUGCGAUGUUUCAUUGCGUCAGUUGCACGGCAUGUGCGACCGGAAAGGGCUUCUGCAAGUCCAGCUUGGCACAUUUAGCUCAUGCAGAUGAGCAAGAGAAGCACUGCCGCUCAAUGCAAACUGAGAGUGAAGUC